CUCUUGUUCGACAACUGCUGCAAGUUCGAGAUGCUGUCGAUACUGCGCAAGGCGCGUCUCAAAGACAAGGAGAUGCGGAUUUUGAUGCUUGGUCUUGAUAAUGCAGGCAAGACAACGAUUGUGAAGAAGAUCAUGGAUGAGGAUGUCACGGAAGUCAGUCCAACUCUUGGUUUUAUCAUCAAAACAAUUGACUACGAGGGAUACAAACUAAACAUUUGGGAUGUUGGAGGCCAGAAAACACUUCGAACGUACUGGAAGAACUAUUUCGAAAAGACAGACACUCUCAUCUGGGUUGUUGAUGCCACAGAUAGAGAGCGGCUCGGAGAUUGUAGAGACGAGCUCAAAGGCCUUCUCCUGCAAGAACGUCUUAUGGGAGCGUCUCUGCUCAUUUUCAAGAACAAGAGCGAUAUUGAGGGCUCCAUGACAGAGGACGAGGUUCGACAGGGACUUCAACUGGACAACAUCCGUACACACAAGUGGCACAUCCUGCCUUGCUCGGCCAUGACAGGAUUCAAUCUGCAAACUGGACUUCAAUGGGUCGUGAAGGAUGCGAAGGACAGGCUGUUCCUUUACUGAUGCGAUUGGCGGCGAGAGCAACCCGUGACUGGUGCAGUCAACGGCGGCGAGCGGAGCCAUAUCACAACACACAUGAUCCUCUGCUGGACGCUGAGAAGAGCAAGGAGGUGCGUGAUAUGAGUAAACAUGGCAGCUUUUCCGGCCCUUGACAGGCUUGUGAUGAAAUGAAAAUACGCCAACCUACAUCUAUAUCAAUGGCUCAGCUUCCUUUGUCGCAAGUUUCGCGGCCGAGAGCUCGGCUUGUUCAGCUGCCUCCCGAUCUUCAACGGCCUUUUCGUGCUCUGUCUUGCCAUCGAAUUCCGCCUGAUCAAGCGCAAACCCAUGUGCUGGGGAUGAUGUACCACUCUUUGCA